AUUGCCCGUAUGUAAGUAUGUAAUACGUGGAAGAGGGAAUAAAUCUGAAAAAUCGCUGAAGCAAAGCAUUCUUCGAUUUCCUUCCUUUGAUUUCUUUCAACAAUAAGAGACCUAGACAUUUUUCCGUAACUUUUAAAAUGUUUUAAUAAAAAGGGAAAGAAAGGGAAAUAAAAAAAGAAAAGUGUAUCUUUACACAUACACACAUACGUACAUACAUACGCUUAUAUGCAUGAAUGCGUACAUAGAUAUGCUUCGGUGAUCACAUAUAUACAUCCACACACACAUAACACGUGUGUGUGUGUGUGUAUGUGUGUGUGUGUGUGCGCGUGUAUAUAUACGUAUACGACGAGUAAGGCAGAAGCCUAUGCGCAGUAUACGCUUUACGCGGUAAUACACAGCAGCCGUGGCGAGCUUGAUUACACAUUGCGAUCACGAGCGUCCCACGAGGCGGGCGGACAUAAGGCCUUUCGUCGCGCCACGGCCUGCGGGCAGGAAGCACGUAGCGUGACACCGGGUCGGUGCGGUGCGCGGCAGCCGCUCGCGCUAUAUGUGCCUGCCGCGUAAUACGUAUAUACAACGCGACGGCGGUUGCGGCGUCGGCGUCGUUGGCGUUAGUGGAGGUGGUGGAGGUGGUGCAGGCGGCGGAGGUGGAGGAGGCGCUGGAGGUGAAGCUCGUGGAGGUGGAGCAGUAUGCGUGUAGGGACGCGCGCCAUAAUACUCGCCGAUCCCGCGCCUCUACGUGACUCGCGGCUUCGUGUGCUGGCCUGAGACCUUACGAUCUGCCUUUCCCGGGACAGCUCUCUCUCUCUCUUUCUCGUCGACUACACCACCGAAAUUCCUCCACUUCCGACCUUUCUUCUCUUAUUCUCAAAUCGACUCAUUUCUACUUCGUUUCUAGCGCUAAUAAAUAUCUUAUUAUUUGUUACAACAAAAGUACAAUUAAAAAAAUUGAAUUAGUGUUGUUUCGUUUUGUUGUUAAUCUUAAAUAAAAUCAUUCGAUUAGAUUGUCCGUGCCGGUGAAUAUCAGGAAUUCGUAAUAAAGUAGUAGGGAGGGAAAAAGAGAGAGAGAGAGAGGGGGAGAGAAAGACUCUGAUCGAGUGAGUCUCGGCAUAACGAAUUUCGUAGAGGUACUCGAGGCCCAUUUUCGUCUGGAUAGUCGGCCAGACUCGACUCGACUCGUCGCUCGCAUGCCUCUAGCUCCCGCGGCGAGUGCCACUUUCGCGCCCACCAGAAAGAACGUGCGGAUACAUCGUGGCGAGGCCAUUAAGCCGACUAUCGUGCGUCGGGACGGCUUCGAUCGGCCUUAUUGAAUUAGACUUGCACUAUACUCUCCCUCUCACGUUUCGUCUCUUUGCGAUUAUCUGCUGCAAAUUAUACUCGCGACAUCUUUUCUUCCGUAUUUUUCUCAUUCUUUUCUCUUGAGACUCGCGACCUUUCGAUUCAACGACGACAUCGAUAACUUUCGAAUGUGAUAUACGAUGAACAAUGCAUAGACAAGGUCAACUUUCUUGCUUUCCAUUUGGAAGUAGAUUGAGAAUAAAGAAAAAAAAGUACUAGAGUAUAUCAUACGAUGAUUUUCCAUUGUAAGCUUUUGAAAAGUAAGCUUUUGUUCCGUUAGCGAUCGCUGUUUGUUGGCAAAGUAGGCUUCAGAGCGUCUAUUUCGCGAGGAAUAACGAUCGGACCGAAAGUCAAUUUUCCAGGAUACGGGAUUUCCUUCUGUGGAAUCUUCUUCUUCUUCCUCUUCUUACGCUCGUAUUGACUGCAACCGAUUUCCUGAAUCGUCUCGACGAACGGAGUAAUCACUGGUGGAUAUCGUGAUCGGAAGUCGUUGAGAUCCCAGAAGGAAAAGUAAAAUCGAAAAGUGCCGUGGAACUUCGUAACGACCGAACGAAUGCAGAAGUAACGUCGUCGGUUCUCUCGUCGAGAACGUCGUUGUACGAGAAGGCACGCAAACGAAAUCGUGCGCACGUGCGUUCUAGAUGCAUUAAUCGCACGAUGGCGACCGCGACGAUGGGACUUCGCCGUAGGGUACCGGUGAACAAUUCACCGACGCCUUCCGGUCAUUCCUCCUCGAACGUUUCUGCAUCUAGCAAACGUUCCAGAUCAGAGAAUAACAAUAGUCCGUCUCAAGGGAACUUAAAUUCGGUGAAUGGUUCUCGAGAGGAGCCACCGACAAAGAAGUCACGUGGUACGACAACCAAUUCUGGCAAGAAUAACGCUUCCUCGACCUCGUCAGCCUCGAAUACUUCGGGAGCCGUUUCCCUGACGGAGACCAAUUCAUCGAGCAAAAGUCGUGGGAGCUCGCUUUCCAGAUCGAACCAUCAAACGAAGAUAUCAUCCAGUAGUAAUAAUUCCAACAUCAAUGGUGAUCAUGCUUCAAACGUUCCAGCGAGCAGCUGGUCAACCACGUCGAACAUGUCAGACGUGCCGACUUACGCCUCGGUCGCGGGAUUAGGCAUGACGAACGGGCAAAGUAGCGGACUCUGUGCUUCCAACCUUGGCAUGACGACACCGAUACCACCGUACAUGUCGACGUCAAUGGCGACCUUCGUUGGGAACGCGACGAAUCUCGGUAAGAGUUCGUCGGUGUCUUAUCUCGAUAUAUCCAACAUGACCAGCGGUUCCUUGGGCUCCUCGAACGCCACGAACUCUCUGGCCUCUGGUUACGGCACCAAUAAAACCACCGGCACGAAUCUCGAUUCGAAUUCCUCCGGUGUAAAGACGAUGGCAUUUCCAGGUAUCUCGUCGGCGAACGUGAAUGCGAACGGUUACGGUUCGGCACAGCAAAAGGGACAAAACCAGACAACGGAUAGCGUGGCUCUACCGAAGAAGUUUCAGAACGAUGGCAUGUUCAAUGCCUAUCAGCCCUGGGUGAUAAAGACUUACGGUGACUUAGCAAAGACGAAAACGAUCACGAUCAAAAAGUAUGCGCGUAUCUUACGAACUCUGCGUGGGGAGGAAGUGAAUAGUGCGGAGAACAGCAAGUUCAGAUUUUGGGUAAAGAGCAAAGGCUUUCAUAUUGGUCAACCGGAAGGAUACGAUGCAAAACCAGCGGAUAGGAUUGUGGGACGUCACGCGGUGACCAAUCCCGGUUUGGAUCCUCCUCUCUACGUGCCCACGCAGUUGCCACAUAACAAGGCUUUGAACGGUGCAGAGGGUACGGUUCCACCUGGAAGGGUUUACAAAAAGGUCGCCAUCGUAGAGAAUUUCUUCGAUAUUAUUCACGCCGUUCACGUUGACCUUGAGGGUCGUCCUGGGAAACAUGCCGGUCAGAAGCGCACCUAUCGGACGAUCACAGAGACGUAUGCCUUUCUUCCAAGAGAAGCUGUGACGCGAUUUCUUCUUGGAUGUACCGAGUGUCAACGACGGCCAAGAACUCCCAGUCCGACUAAUCUAUCUAAUCAGUCAUCUCAUCCAACUGCUCUUUCCUCGACGACAACUUCUACGUCGACAUCUACAACGACGACAACGUCUAUGUCAACGAGGUUGAGUCCGACGCCUGGUCUUGUAACGUCGAAUUCAACGACUCAAAGUAACAACGUUAACGGCACUGGCAAGUCGAGAGAUUCGACGGAAAAUAAAAAUCUUUAUAAUUAUAGACAUCAGAAACAUUCAAAGAAUGGGGGUGCUGUUAGUGUAACGGAGACGAAAAAUGAGAAGGAUAAGGAAGAGAAAUAUAAUCCUUUGAGCAUAACGAAUUUAUUAAAGAAGGAACCAGCGAAUGGUGGAUUUCUAUCGAGCACGGAGAUUCUACCAGAAUCCCGAAGAACUCCAGAAUCUGAUCGGGCGAGUUCGAGGAGCUCGGCUUCGUCUAAGAGGAAAAGGAUGCUGCCGGAGGGUCGAACUCCAUCUCCGCAGCCGAGUCAACCGUUGCCAAGGCCCUGGAGCCCGGGAUUGGAUCCCAAGAACACGCCCAUCGACUAUAGUCUUCCCAUCACUACCUCGUACCUAAAACAUCAGCAGAGGAUGGCCGAGAAGAAUAAGGCAUUAAAGGAGGCAGCGGAAGAACAACAGCAACAGCAACAACAACAACAGCAGCAGCAACAACAACAACAACAACAUAAACAGAAAAUCACUGCAAUGGACAUAGACACAGAGAACGUCGAAGGUGAAAGAUUUUCACCUGCUGCAGGUCUCAUCGACACCAAUCUCAAUCUACUCGCCACCAUUCAACAUUUGCACUGCCAAGUGAUGCUUGCUCUAACCGAAAGGCUCAGACCGUCGAUCGCCAUGCCAACUCCUCUCGUAUUACCCUCAGCUCACAUCAUAUCCGGUCCGAUGAUCACAGGUUCCGAGGUGUCCGUGCAAACCGGAGAGAACCAUUUGUGAACUCCUAUUAUCGAGCCUAUCGAUCGAUUUGAUCUCUAUGAAGCUUUUAAGGAACACAUUUCAAACUUCUUGUCCUUGUACUCAUGUGUCUAAUAUCAUGUAUUUGGUGAGGCUGUCGUUUCGAAUUCGUAUUCAUAUUCAAUUUUUACUCUUCUCUUUAAGUCUCAUUUUUUUCAAUAAAUAAAUCAUGAUCCAGUUUCUUGUUUCCGAAAAAGAGAAAAGAGAGAGUAUCAUUUGUGUGACUGGUUACUAAUAAUCAUUCUCAUAAUUGUUAUAAUGCUUUAAAAAAUCUUAUGGAGGAAAACAAAAUAUCUAUCGACAUUACAUUGGUAAUGAUAGAGUGAAACAUGUCAGCCUCUCACGUUCAUCGAAUCGAAUUAGAAUUGAUUGACUUCGAUCGAUAGAAAUCGAUAGGACGAAUGGAAUAAUGGAGUGGGUCUAUCCAAACGUAAGUCGUGCGACACGUAUCUGCUCCACUGAUAUUGUUGUUUUGUGAUAUUCUAUUCGAUAUCAGUGGCUCCUAAAGUAGACAAUUGUUUUAGGAUAAGUUGAUGUCUUUCGAACGGGGAUAGCCGAUGAAUAUUCAAUAGUCCGUACGAAACUGACCUCGUCUAAUAUGCUCUUUACAGAGUGACGAUCUUUUGUUUUCUUUCACUAUUGCCAUUAAUUGAUUUCUAAUGAAGUUUGAAAUCAAGAAAUAUAACGAUAAAUAUAAAAAUAUCUCCAUCGAAAAUAUCGUUAUCUUUACGCAGAUUGAGAAUUUUCUUUUUUUUCGUCCUUUGUUUUCCUUUUUUUCUUUCUCUCUCUCUCUCUCUUUCUCUCUUUCUCUUUCUCUUUUUUUAAUUUAUCGUCAAUUUAAAGACUUCUUCCAAUUUUCUGGAUCGUGGCGAAAAUACCAACAAGUAUUACAAGUUAUUAGAAGUUUUUACGUAUCGUCGAGAAAUCCUUAAAGUUCGUCCACUUUUUCGAAAAUUUUCUAAUCAUGUCGUCCGGGGACUUAACUCUAAUCCAUGCGAUUCUUUUUCAAAACAACGGACGCCUUCAUGAUAUCCUAAACUAAAUCUCACGUACUAUAUUAGUUGCGAAUCAAAUAUUAGAUCUUAAUCUUCGUGUGAUCAUAGCUCUUGCGUCGUUAGAUUGUGAAUUGUGGCGAAGGUACCUAGGCCUUAUUAAUGAUUAUGCUUGCGAAAAGAGUAAGUCUUUUAUUAGAAGUUCGAUAUUAGUCGUCAAGUAUUAAUGAGAUAAACAAUCUCGAGACAAAAAAAAAUAUAGAAUGUAAUCUUAUUGCAUUAGAUUCUAUUAUUUUGUACAUACAAGAUUCUUGUAAAAUGAUAUGUAGGUUGUUAAGAUUCGAAAGCGUGAUUGUAUGAAAGAUCAUUGAUAAUAAAAAUCUAUAUAUGUUGAUAUAUAUAUAAUAUAUAUGUA